CACCACGAAUACCAGAAACAUCACACCCUCCGUUAGAAUCUACAGGUUCAAGUUCCUUCGAAUCACAGAAGAUGGAAAGACCCUCUAUAUCUGUCUUGUCCCCUUCCAGCCCAAGUGGUCUUAGAGAUGCCCCUCAGCUACUGCCUGGACAGCUGUCGGUGAAAAUGUGGUACGAUAAGGUCGACCAUCAGCUGAUAGUGAACGUAUUGCAGGCUAUAGACCUGCCACCCAGAUCGGGUGGACGACCCAGAAACCCAUAUGUCAAAAUGUACUUCCUGCCUGAUAGAAGUGAUAAGAGCAAGAGAAGGACGAAGACAGUGAAGAAAAGUCUGGAGCCCAAGUGGAACCAGACAUUUGUGUACUCUCAUGUCCAUCGCCGGGAUUUCAGAGAACACAUGCUGGAGAUUACUGUGUGGGACCAACCCAGAAUACAAGAUGAGGAGAGUGACUUUCUGGGAGAAAUCCUAAUCGAGCUGGAGACUGCCCUGUUGGAUGAUAAGCCUCACUGGUACAAGCUGCAGACACAUGACGUCUCUUCCAUCCCACUGCCACACCCGUCGCCAUACCUGCCCCGCAGACACGGACACACUGAAACACCCACCAAAAAGCUGCAGCCUACAGAAAACCGAUCCAGAGAAAGAGAAAGAGAAUGGGACAGAGAAAGAGAACGGGACCGAGACAGAGACAGAGGCCGAGACCGGGCGACAACAUUAGAGGUUCCAGAUCAGCAGAGGCCAACUCAGUAUCGCUCACGGUCCGUGUCCCCACACAGAGAUGAAGAGAGCAGGGGACGGUCCCGCCCAGCCAACGUCCCUGCACAGAGGAGUCUGGAUGAGGUCCAGCACAGCCGGCGAUCCCGUUCCCCAACACGCAACCACGACCGUGCCCGUGUGCAAGAGAGAGAAUACGUAGAUGACAGGGUGCAGCCGCACACCAGCCCUGCAUUCUCCUCAUCAACAGCCACCCCUUCUUCGACACGCAAGGUCAGACAGCUUCCCCAAGUCCCCGCCAAAAGCAGCAGUGUAGAGCAAGCUCUUGCUUCAGAGGAGCGAACACGGCAAAUGAAAGUACAUACCUUCCGAACACCAGCUCCAUCCAGUACCAGCCAGGAUCCGGAGAGUACGCUCAAGAAUAAACGAGAGAUUUAUAAGGAGCAGCGAAGGAGCUGUGACAAUGUGUCCCACAAGUCCUCAGACAGUGAUGUCAGUGACGUGUCAGCCAUCUCUCGCGCCAGCAGUGCCUCGCGGAUCAGUAGCACCAGCUACAUGUCCAUUCAAUCAGAACGACCCAGGGGUCACUUUAGCCGUCAUAUUCAUCCAUCCAGCCGCACCAUGCUGAAGAGUACAAGUGUUAGUGGGGAAAUCUACACUCUGGAGCGUACGGACGGCAGUCAGUCAGACACCGCUCUGGGAACACUGGGAGUAGGAGGGAAAAAGCGCAGAUCCAGCCUUAGCGCACGUGUAGUCGCCAUCGUUGGCAUUCCCUCUCGCCGCAGCAGGAGCACCUCUCAGCUCAGUCAGACAGAAGCAGCCAACAAGAAAGCAAAGGGAUCCAGUCAGAUCCAGCGCAGUCAGGAGACGGGAAUGGCAGUGGAGUAUCCCCGCAACGUCAUGGCUCGCCAAGCCAGCCGAGAGUCCACUGAUGGCAGCAUGAACAGUUAUAGCUCUGAGGGCAAUCUGAUCUUCUCAGGGAUGAGAUUAGGGGCCGACAGCCAGUUCAGUGACUUCCUAGAUGGUCUUGGCCCUGCUCAGUUGGUGGGUAGACAAACACUUGCUACGCCUGCUAUGGGAGAUGUUCAGAUUGGACUGAUGGACAAGAAAGGGCAACUAGAGGUGGAGGUUAUCAGGGCCCGUGGUCUUACGCCUAAACCAGGUUCCAAAUCGCUGCCGGCUCCCUAUGUCAAGGUCUAUUUGCUGGAAAACGGAGCGUGCAAAGCCAAAAAGAAAACCAAGAUUGCACGAAAAACGCUCGAUCCUUUGUAUCAGCAAUCGCUGCUGUUUGAGGAAAGUCCGCAGGGUAAAGUUCUCCAGGUAAUAGUCUGGGGAGAUUACGGCCGCAUGGACCACAAAUGUUUCAUGGGAGUCGCCCAGAUUCUUUUAGAGGAGCUAGAUCUUUCUAGCACAGUGAUCAGUUGGUACAGACUGUUUCCCCCUUCAUCACUGGUCGACCCGACGUUAGCUCCUCUCACUCGUCGCGCUUCCCAGACCUCGCUGGACUCUUCAGGGCCACCGGGCAUCAGGUCCUAGUGAACAGACGGGAGUGCGAGGCGAAACAAAACACACGACCCAGUGGACCAAGGACCGGAGGCAACAAUCAGAACCAGAGCGGCAGAUAAAGAGACAGAUGGACAGAAUCAUGAUCAAAGCUUUGCUGAAGCCUGACAAUCACUUCUAUCUUUUACUUUUGAUCUUUGGGUUGUAGAGAUUUCCUUUGAUCCACUCUGCUCCUUUACUGCAUGUUUUGUUGCUGAGAUGACGAUUCGACCCAAAUAAAAAGAGAAGGAAGGGAGAGGCAGCCGAAACGCGAUCCUGCUUCAUCUGACAGGAAGCGGAGCCCACAGUGGCGCCGGUAGCCUAGACUGCUCUGGUCAGUCAGCACAUUUAUUGUCUCACAUGUGUUUGAGAGUUAGCGAAAGUGAGAGGACAGCACUGCCCUUCCUCUAUAUUGCACUUACAGGAAGUCCCUCUGCUGAAAGACCAGAGGUUGAGGGUUAAAGGUCAAAAUUUAGUCUUCUCAGAGAGUUUCCUCUCUGCAUCACGGAUGCUGCAUCCAAGGCCCCGCCAUGUGCCGGUCUGGCACAAACUCAGACUCAGAUUUAUGUGACUGCGAUGUGUGUGUGUGUGUGUGUGUGUGUGUGUGAGAGAGUGUGCGUCUAAGAAGGCAGGGACGCCUGAGAACCUUUUAAGUCUGUUUACAGCAGUCGCUACCGACUGCUUUGCCUUUUCACGUUACUGUUGAUUUGGUAAAUAGGCACACUUUGUAGAAUGUGAAAACAUGUUUCAUGUUUUCUGACGUCUGUGUCAUACGAGCUUCAUGGAAGACACAAAACCACUUGUAUUUGAUUCACCGGGACUGUAAGAAGCUGCCAUAAUCAUUUAGGUUCCCUGACAGGAAACUGCAGAAACGGUCACUAUGCAUUAGCAUAACACAUUUGAUUCCCAGAUUUCACGCGAUCACAAACCAUAUCUUACAGGCCUUUCCAAGCAUUUUUAAUUAUAUUCUGUUUGGUAAAGGACCUGUACAUUCUGAUAUUCAAAUUUCUACCCGACUAGAGUUUACAUUAUUUUAAUGCAAGCACAAAAAGAGAAAAAGUUCAAGCUUUUGGAGAUUAAAACUAAUACAAUAGAAGAGGCCAAAAUCAGAAGCUUCCUACUUUUAGCUGUUUGUCAUCAGUUUUCAGUUUAGUUGAUUAUAAAACCAAUCUCACAGAUCCCCCCUGAGCAUUUUGAAUGUGACAGUGAGACGUUCCAACAAGGGGAACAGAUGCCACCAACGAGGGGAACAGCAUGAAUCUGGAACUGUUCCAAGUUGCAUGCACAUUUUGUAAAACAAGACAGAUGAGAAAAAAAGAGACUACAAUAAGUGUGUGUUAGUUCCACAAACUGUAGGCCAGCUUGUAUGUUGCAUGUACUUGUACAGUUUGCUUGUACUUGAUAUAAAUAGAUUAUCAAAUAAAACUAAGCCAUUCAUUCCAUGUGUGGGCAUUUGGCCGGGUUCAGCCAUGCACACAGGCCUUAUUUUGGGGCUGAAUGUCUAUAAUAAUUUUUAAGUUGUUUGAUUUUCUUUUUUGUUUUGUUUAGUUUUUUUUAAACCCUGGAUGGAAAAUUAAGUGCUGCACUGUAGUACUGAGCAAACACAAGGCCCUAUUUUUAUUAAAGAGCUAUCUGUAUAUGGAAUAUAAUUACGAAGAUCACAAUGACUUAGAGAUAUAUUGAUAUUGAAACAGAGUGUAUCAAGUAAACAUCACUUACGUACAUGCAUAUAUGUAAAUAUGAGUCUGCAAAGAAGUUUACUUAUAUUUAAAAAGCAGCCCCAUUCAAGUUAAUGGAUCAGUGCUCUGUCUCUUGGUUCUGCUGAGCGGAAGAAGGGAUGCCUCCAAAGUUUUAUUUUAGUGAUGCCCAAUCUGAUGAGAGAAAUUUGGACCUCUGCCGACCUGUUGCGUUAUCAUAAAUGCUCAUGAAUCCUUGUUUCAAUGAGAAGUUUACUUUAUAUGCCUGGUUAGGGCAGAGUUAUUUACUUUGUCAGUAUUAUUCAAGGAUACUGAUUGUUUACAGUUCGUGUGUUCCACUGAAACAAAAUUGAAAGUAUUCACUGCAACAUUUCUUGUUUGUACAGCAGACGUGGCUCAAAUAAUGUGUAUGUUUUAUAUUCAAG